AGGAGGAGGGAGGAAGAGGAUGGAGUGGUAAAGUUAGAGAUGGAAAGGAGGCAGGGAUGGAGACAUGGAGCAGCAGUCAUGGAAAACUCCACAGAGGAGCUGAAAGAAGGGGGAGGAGCCAACACUGAGAUAACCGAGGAGGAGGCGGAGCUAACAGAGGAGAAAACGCACAAUAACCUCAAAGGAGCAAUCAACGGAGUGAUGGAGGCGGCAGCGAGCGGAGGAGAGAAGCUUCAGAAUGGAGACCGAGGAGGAGGAGGAGGAGGAGGAGGAGGAGGAGGAGGGAUCAUGGGAGCUGAAGGAGGAGGUGACCUGUCCUCCAUCAACGCCAUGAUGUCAACAGUGAUGUCGGCAGCAGGGACCAUUAAUGGAGCAGGAGAUGGAGAAGGAGAAGGAGAGAGCGGAGUCACCUCUGCCAACUCCUCGGCCGGCCCCUCCCCAAGCCCCUCCCCCAGCAAGUCACUCACCGCAGCCAUGAGAGCCCCACCCAGCCGCAACGCACGGCGAACCCAGGACACCAAAGAGGAAAGCGGAGCUUUGAUCUGUCCACUGUGUGACAAGAGCUGUCAAACACAACACCAGCUCACCAUGCACAUGUGUCAGCACAACGCCGACACCGGAGCGUCCGACCACUCCUGCAGCAUCUGUGGGAAGUGCCUGAGCUCGGCGUCGUCACUGGACAGACACAUGCUGGUCCACAGCGGGGAGAGACCCUACAAGUGCAGCAUCUGUGGACAGACCUUCACCACCAACGGCAACAUGCACAGACAUAUGAAGAUCCACGAGAAGGACCCGGCCAGCGGUCUGCUUCCCGUCAGCCCCCCCUCCCCCACCAAACGCCGCCGUCCGUCCGUCAAGAGGAGGCAGGGACCGGAGGAGGAGACCGGAGAGGAGCCGCCCAGCAAGAAGGUAGAAAAGCCCCGUACGGCCGGGAUUAACAUCACAGAGGACGCGGCGGCAGAGGAGUCGGCGGCGGUGGUCCGCGGGUCAGAGGAGGAGCUGCUGCCCUGUCCCAUCUGCUUCAAGACCUGCAGCUCCAGACUGGAGCUGGACGCACACAUGGACACACACCCCGACACCGCACUGAGGUGUGAUCUCUGCUGCCUUUCUUUCCGAACUCACCGCGGGUUGUUGCGUCACAACGCGGCAGUUCAUAAGCUCCUCCCUCAAGACCCCAGCGGCCGCCCCUUCAUCCAAAACAACCCUUCCAUCCCCACGGGUUUCAACGACCUGGCCUUCAUCGACUUCUCUUGCAAGAAGUUUGCUCACAUUGCACAGGUUUGGUGCGAGACGAAUCUUCGCCGCUGCAUCAGUAAGUUCCACCGGUUCGUCUGUGACACUUGUGACAAGGCGUUCCCCCUUCGCUCGGCCCUCGAGCUCCAUAAAACCACCUCCCACCCGGAGAAGCCCGCCGACACGGAGGAAAAUGCGGAGGAGGCCGAAGAAGAUGAAGCUGCAGAAAGUGGUGCCGAGAAGGACGGUCAAGACGUAGAGAAAGAAGUUCCGCCAUCGGAGCAGGCCAGCUUCUUGGAAGCGCUCGGGCUUCAGCACAUUUCCACAGUGAAGUCUGGUCCGACAGACGAUGAGAUCCACCAGGCUCAUCUGGACAGCAUCAAGGUGAUCCACGUGGAGCCGCCGUGCUCCAGCCUCCCCCAGGAGCCGGCCUCCGCCUACCUGUCCGGAGGUCUGGGGCUGACCCUGGGUCUGGGUAUGGGCGGUCUGACGGCCCUCAGCAUCCCGCUGCUGGAGGCCUCCGCCUUGCAGGGCCUCUCCCAGAAAGACGCCCUCAGCCUGCUGUCCCUGCAGCCCUUCCCGACCGGCUUCCUGCUGCAGCCCGACGGGGGCGCCACGGCGGCCAGCGCGGCGUCGUCGGGCGCCAAACCCAGUGAGGCGGGCGGAGCCGGGAUCAUGGAACUGGCCGACAUCCAGCAAAUCCUCAAAGUGGCGACCGCAGCGCCAAAUCAGAUGGGACUGACCCUCCCGCCUCUCGCCAAAGCUCCUGGAUUCACUGGAGGUCAAGGUCAAGUCCAGGGUCAGAAAGCGAUGCCUCCAUUGAAGCCCAAACCUCCCAUCACCCCUCGCUCCAGCCUCACAGCGACGACUCCGCCCCCCCUCCAGAGCUCCCAGCAGGCCUCACUGGGCUGCAUCAGCCCCAGCCUGCCACCCCCCACCCCCACCCUCUUCAAAACCCCUUCCUCAUCCUCCUCUUCCUCCUCGUCAGCUGGGAACGGAGGGCAGAUGGAUGCAGAGUGCAUGGGCGACGCUCACACGCCGCUGUCUGAUUCGCCUCCAGCUGCCACCACGGCUGUACACGAGGAGGCGGGGCUUAGCGGGAGGAAGCCAGGAACCAAAGGGGGGAACAACGCCGGCUCGGCUAGAGGCUCGUUCCCGUGCCGCUUCUGCGACCAGGUGUUUGCUUUCUCCGGCGUGCUGCAGGCUCACAUGCGCUUCCACCUCGGCAUCCUUCCUCACCAGUGCAACAUCUGCGACUACGUAGCUCCGGACAAGGCGACGCUGAUCCGACACCUGCGCACUCACAGUGGCGAGCGGCCGUACGUCUGCCGGGUCUGUCAUUAUCCCUUCACUGUCAAGGCCAACUGCGAGCGCCACCUCAGGAAGAAGCACGCCAAGACCUCGAGGAAGGACAUCGAGAAAAACAUAAAGUACGUCACCUCCACCACUACAGCGAACAUCGCAGCGGCCAUCACCGCUGCAACCACCAACCCCACCCAGGACACGGAGACCGGCUGCGCCGGAGCUGAGACGACGUGCCGGUUCUGCGGCGAGGACCUGAAGACGUACCGGGCGCUGCAGAUCCACCUGCGCACGCACAACGGCUGCCAGAGGAAACCGUUUGAGUGUCGGCGCUGCGGCGCUGCCUUCCUGGCCAAACGCAACUGCAUCCACCACCUGCUGAAGCAGCACCCUGAGGUGCAGGAGAGGGAGAUCGAGGAUCAUAUCGCCACGCUCCAGCCGGCGGCCGUGCCGGUCGCCACCGUGGCCUCCGCCCGAGCUGCUACGGUGAAUCCGAUGGUGCUGAACGGGAUCAGUCAGCCUCCGCUCCAGGCGCUGCAGGCGGUGAAGGUGGAGGAGCUGCCCAACGUGGUUUAUCCUGCAGAACUGGACCAGCCGCUGGACUUCUCCGCUAAAGGUCGUGGAGCCGGCAGCCAGGCGGCGUCUCCUGGGGUCAAACUGGAGAGCGUCUCCCCCAGCUUUGACUGCUCCGCCCUGGACCAGCCCAUCGACCUGUCCAUCCCCAGCAAGAGGCAGCGGAGAGACGGCGCCAACGGAGAGAGCAGGGAGAUCAAGACGGAGCAGAGCGGCAGCAGCAUCGUGGAGCAGCAGAACGCCAUGGCUCUGUCCAAGGACGAGAAGCCGGGGAGCUCCCUGCCUUCUCUACACCCCCACCCCCACCUCGGCUGCUACCAGCUCCCCCCUGGAUCCACCCUCCCCCCUGCCUCCCUCCCCAACCUCACCAACUCUGCUCGAGCGCAGCGCCUCAAACCGCUGCUGCCCAAACCGGCCUCCACCACCUCCUCCUCGCCCUCCACCUCCCUGAAGGAGCUCCCUCCUCUGGCCUCCAUCGCUCAGAUCAUCCACUCCGUGUCCGGAGCUCCAGACCUGCUGAAGAGAGAGGCUCCCUCGCUGGAGGGAAAGCCCCAGGCCGUUGCUGCGUCCUCUCAGGCCGAUCCAGCCGCUGACGCCCCGGGACCCUCCGCUGGUCCGGAGACGCCGAGCGACGACACGUCUGAGGGAACGUCCAGAAAACGGUCCAGGAAGAAGACGGCUGCUCUGGCAGUGAAGGAGAAGACGACUGUUGUGAGCAGUGGCGGCGGCAUCGAUCUGGAGUCCAGCGGCGAGUUCGCCAGCGUGGAGAAGAUGCUCGCCACCACCGACGCCAACAAGUUCAGCACCUACCUGCAGACCGGAGCUGCAGACCUGGGGGGAAAGAGAGAUGGAGACAGAGCAGGAGGAGGGGAGGAGAAGGAGGGAGGGGUGAAGGAGGAGGCGAAGCCUGUGGCGGCGGCGGUGCCUCCGCCCAAAGGGAAGAAGAACGCCUACUCCAACUCUGUCCAGAAGAUGACCUGCCCCUUCUGCCCCCGAGUGUUCCCCUGGGCCAGCUCCCUGCAGAGACACAUGCUGACACACACCGGUCAGAAGCCGUUCCCCUGUCCGAGGUGCGACGCCUUCUUCUCCACCAAAUCCAACUGUGAGCGCCACCUGCUGAGGAAACACGGCGUGACCCACAGGACGCUGCGACGCAACGGCGCCCUCAUGAAGAAAGACGGAGACGACGGUUCACACGAGAGCGCAGAGAGUCAGUCGGAGACGGAGCAGGUUGCAUCAGAAGCACAAGACCUCAGCAGCAUCAGCACCUCCACAGACUCAGGCUCCGCCGCCACAGCGGGGAGCCCCGCCCCCUCCGAUCAACAGGGGGCGGUGUCGGCGAAAACAAGCCCCACCCCCAAAACAAGUCAAGGUUGCAGUCCAUCUGAGAGCGGCACGGAGCAGUCCGAGUCAGACGCCACGGAGCAGCCGGAGCAGCAGGGGGCGCCAGAGACCACCGCAGCACCGGGGAAACAGCCCCCACUGAGCAACAGCACCAAGGUGGAGAGCGCAGACGACGACGACUGCCACAGCAACAAAAGUCUGGACCUGAACUUCGGCAAAAAGCUCAUCGACUUCAAGCUCUCCACGUCGUCAGGCUCCGCUCAGGAAGAACAAACCUCCCAGCCCGCCUCCUCUUCAUCUCCCCCCUCAUCAUCCUCUACCUCUGCUCCCCAAGUCGCCACAGAGAGCCCAGAGAAGGAGGAGAAGGAGAAAAGUGCUGCGACCUCCUCCUCCUCCUCCUCCUCCUCCUCCUGCUCCGGCAGCCCGGCGGUGAAGCAGCAGCCCGAGUACAAACACGUCUGUCGGGUUUGUAAGAAGAGUUUCCGUUACGCCACCACCCUCGCUCGUCACGAGAGGGCGCACCUCUCUGAGGAGACGCCAGCUCCGGCACCGGAGGAGGAGACGCCGUCUCCGCCGGUGAAAGAGGAGGCGCCGGAGAGUGACGCCACCAAACCGAACGAGGAGGAGAAAGAGGAGGAGCAGAGGAAGGAAACGGAGAUGGAGGCGGAGGACGGAGGGCUGAAGGGAGGAGAGAGCGAGGUGGGGGAGAGCGGGGAGUCGGAGGAGGAGGAGAAGGAGAAGGAGGAGAGGAGCGACGAGGAGGCGGAGGCGUCAGAACCAAAGAGUCUGGAGGGAGGAGAGACGUCAGGAGGACGAGUCGACAAGAGGAAGAAGAUCUGUAACGUCUGCGGGAAAAGAUUCUGGUCCCUGCAGGACCUGACCCGACACAUGAGGUCACACACAGGUGAGCGGCCCUACCAGUGUCAGACCUGCGAGCGGACUUUCACUCUGAAGCACAGUCUGGUCCGUCACCAAAGGAUCCACCUGAAGCCCCGCGGAGCCGACGGAUCCUCCGCCGCCAACGACGACGCCAGCGAGGACGGAGACUCCUGCACCCCGACCCCGACGUCCACCUGCCCGCCCUCAGAGAACGAGAGCGAGUGCGGGAGCGCCGCCGCCGGGGCCAAGGAGCUGGAGGAGGACGACGUAAAAGAGGAGGGAGAGGGUCAGCAGGAGGUCGAGGCGGACGCAGAGGAAACAUCAGAACUUCCUGCGACGCAACAACCCUCCACCACCACGACUCCCAGCCAACAAGCUACUGACACAAAGACAACUACUAGCGACGACUCCUCAGCCAGCAACUUGAAAUCAACCCCCGACUCAAACACCUCCAAAGACCCCUCCCCCUCCUGCCCCUCCUCCUCCAGCCCUCCACCAGGGGAGGCCUCAGCGGCCGCCCCGGCUGAGGGCUUCAUCCAGGGGCUGCUGGAGAUCCACGCCAAGCCCUCUCUGGAGCACAUCCUGCCCAACGGAGAGCCUCCUCUGGUGGGGGUGGACUGAGAGGAGCCUCCCUCUGCCUGAACCAACGUCACCACAGUGCCAUACGACGGAAGGACGCUACACCAUUGAUGAUGAUGAUGAUGAUGAUGAUGAUGAUGCAAAAACUCGCCCGGAAAACUUUUUGAUAGAAAGACGAACACCUCGUUUUCUUGAAGUGCCUUACUACUAGUCCUACUUCUAUGAUGUUUUUUGCUAUAUCUUUAUCUGCAUUAUUACGGAGGAUGGAUCUAAUUUUUAUAGCUUUUUAUGAUGAUAAUGAUUUGCAUUACUAUUUUUUUGUGCGGGGAAUCUAUAUUUCAGCAAUAAAAAGAAUAAAGUUACGAUUUAUUAUUGUUCUAGAUUCUGUUUGAGAAUUUAUGAUCAACUUAGGAGACGCAGAGAGACAGACACAGACUGAGACGGACUGUCGGCACCUGCGUUUAUUCUUCUGUAUUUAAAUCACAGCUGGGCUACAGCCUCACAUCAGACUGAACAAUCCAAUUUUAAGAUUUGAACCAGCUUUGGAUUUGAGAAUGAACUAGUCGAGGUGGGGAACUUGACUUUUUCUUUUUGGCCCGUCAGCCACAGCAGCGUUUCAAAAUUCAAAAAUCACCAACCAGAAAAUUGAAACUGGAGGUGACGGCUGCUUCAGCCCGGGUUCACUCACCAGCAGACGGCCGGUGGUCGCCUCCCGCUGCGUGGCUGAGGAAGCUUUUUGUAACUGGAAACCCAGAAAGGUCAACGCCUCGUCGUCUUUUCUGGCUCGCUUCCGCACCGAUCCCCAUCUCUCGACUGGCUCUGAGAAAAACAACACACACGAACUUGACAAAGUCGCACCAGAUUUCUGUGUGAAAACUCUUGAAAGGGCAGAUAAUAGUGUUGAUCAGUUUGUGUUCUCCAUGUUUUUUGUUUUUGUUUUUUGUUUUUUUUUAAACCCAUCACACUAUUGAUCCCUUCAUCCCUCAAAGCCACCCUGUGAGUUGGUUUGUGUGUUAAUAAUUUCUCAUUCAUAAUCAUUCUCAUUUGAUUCCAUGUGUGUACAGAGAGUUGAACAUUGGCAUGUGAUGCUAGAGUAUUUUCUGUUUUUCUGCGUGUGUGCGAUUAUCAGUGAUAUUUAGGUGUAGGGCGGGGAAUUCUUUUGUUUUGUGGAUUUUUUUAUAACUGAACAAAUCAAAAUUUUUUGUUGUGUAUGUGUGCGAAAGUGUGUGACUCCCACCUGUCUCUCAUCGUCGCCCCCUAGUGUUCAUUUAGGGUUUAUUACAGGGCCUCUGGUGUGCUAAUGUUUAUGGCCGCUAACACCUGACCCAGGUUCAGUUUACCUCAACCUCUGCUUUUUAACUGCAACCCUUAAAACAACAGACGAGCAGCACUGUAGGCAACCCUUUAAAUCCUAUGUCUUCCUAAACAGGCUAGCAGGGCUAAUUCUUUGCUAGCCUGGUUUCCACUGUGGGCCAAAUCAGAGCUAACCAGAGCUAACAUGGCUUCAAACAGCUAGCCAGGGCUAACAUGUCUAAGUCGGAACUGGCUUGGCUUGCACAAUGGCCCAAACAGAGCUAACAAGGCUAACUUGGUAUCAACAAUGGUAUAAAUUAGAAAUAGCAUGGGCUAAAGCAUUGCUAGCAUGGUUUACACAAGUAACCCUAAUACACACAAGAAAAACAGCUUAACCUUCACCACGGCUUUUAAAAGGGCUAACACUAGCUAGCUGUACUUAUUAGCUAGGGUUGACUAAAUGGACAUCAGCCACAGGGUCAAACACAUGCUAACUAGGGUUAACUCUCCAGAUCAGACAAGUUAACCAAGCUCCUAAGGCCUUAAAUGGGUUACAUUCUCGGGUACAGUUAGCUAGCCUUUGUUAGCUCUUAUUGUUAGCCUUAGUACAGUGGGUCCUUAGAUAUCAACUACAGAGUAAAAGCACAUGCUAGUUAGGGCUAACUAACCAGAGCAGAGAAGAUAGCCAAGCUAACACUGGCUUGGUUAAAUUAGUUUGGUAUGGCCAGUUAGCUGUAGCUUGCUCUAAUCUUUAUCCUGAAUGUUGUGCAGUGGGCCCUUAGUUACCAAUCACAGGCUAAUAACACAUGCUAGUUUGGGCUAAAUGACUAGCACAGGCAAGUUAACUAAGCUAACAUUGUGUUAAUAGCAGCUAAUGCAGGCCUAGCUAGUCUCCUUCCAGUAUUAUCACAGUAUAUUGACUCGGCCAUGGACAACUUUAGCACUGUUUGUCCCCCUUUAGCCCCGUCUUCUCCUACGUCAAAUCAGUCACAUCUAGUAUUAAUGUAUUUGGCAUUAGUGACAAUCACUUUUAAUUUUCAAAUGAAAACAGAUUAAUGAAAUUAUAAAUGAAAGCCCUCAGUUGUAUCUCAAUAUGAUUUCCAGAAGGAGGUAGAUGCUAGGGUGAAAGGGAUGGAUGGAUGGAUGGAUGGAUGGAUGGAUGGAUGGAUGGAUGGAUGAAUGAAUGGAUGGAAGGACAGACGGAUGGAUGGAUGGAUAGGUUGGGGUGGGUGUGAGUGCAACACUAUUUUGUGUUCCUGAACUGUAUUACCCUGCUGCACACACAAACAAACACAAGUAAAAGGGCUGAAUCCUCCCCCUGCUUCAACCUAACCGGACAUAUCACAACAGAAACAGGCGGUGAAUUUGGAUCACCUACUGAUCCUGAUGUCACGACCAGAGGGACGGGUAGUGUGUAUGUGUAUUUUCUUUGUCGUGUGAAGAUGAAUAUAGCUAAUUUUUCUUCUUGUACAUUUUCAUCUGUUUAUUUUUAUAUCAUGCAACCUCAUAAGCAAAACGAAUCGAACCUCAGCGGCUCAUAACGAAACUGUAAGGCAACGACGGUCGGUCAUUAAGUCGGUCAGAAAGAAACAGAAAAAUAUUGAACAACCACAACUGGACUGACUGACUGACUGGACGCUGCUGUGAACUGGCACUAACAACUUCCAAAACUACUACUACUAUUACUACUUCUACUACUAGUACUACUACAGUGGAAUAUCGUGACACAAUCAAGAGGGAAAGAGAGUGAGAGUUUCCUUCAGUUGGUCCGUUCAUGGUCGAACUCGAAGUCCCUGUCCAACCCCAGAUAUUGUUUUGAACACCAGUUGAAUUUGACUUUUCUGACUAAUUUCCUUGAAAGCAGUUUAUUCACGUUGAAAUAUCAGUUUCUCUAGUGCAGAGUGGCUUUAACAUGUUGCAUCUGCUCUCCAGUUCAGUCUAAAUGGUCACCUUCCCUCAAAAAUUAAAACCUACAAAUCAGAAUACAGUUUAAGUUACGGAGGAACCGGAAAUUAAAUAUAUAGUUAUUAUUUCUGUAUCAGGUUUCAUGUUUGGAGUAGACUGGAUCCAAUAGUACAGGGCCGAGAAAGUUUGAUUUUGGUCUGAAUCAAAAUCAGUCUUUUGAUUUUUCAACAGUAAUGUCAGAAAUUCACAUUUCAUUUUCACUUUCAUUAAUUUACUCGAAGCCGCAGUCGCAACAGAACUAUUGAGUUGAAGUUAUUUGAAUUUAAAAUUAUUUUGUAGAAAAGUUUGGUCUUAACACUCAACAAUGGAAAAUUAGCAACAUGUAAUAAUUAGAAACCUGUGCUAAAGCUGGUGAAAGCAGGCUACUACUGAACUGGUUAUCUGCUGUGACUUACACAGUCACAAUUACGAUCACAAUUCAAUUUGUUCCUUAAAUACUUUAUAAUUUUGGCUGUUGUCAUGUCGGUGAAGAAACUCUCUCUUUCUGUCUCUCAACUGUUUUACGUUUUGUUCGUGCUCUCUGUACACCCCUCUCCCUCGGGAAUAUGCGUUCAUGUACGUCUGACUGUGAGUAUGUAUGUGCGUGCACGGCCAUAUGAAUACUGGACUUCCAUUCGAAUGCACGUGGACUGUUUUUAAAUGUAUUUAUUUGGAGCCCAGGUGUGUGUUUGUGUGUGUGUGUGUGUGUGGGUGCGAGUUUAGUUUCUACAAUGACUUGAGAAGAAAGCCAUGUAUUAAAAAUAUCACAUUUAUGCUGCAGAACUGUUUUGAGGAACUGAUGGUUUGUGUCGUGGACUAACCGGCUUGCCGUAGGGCGCAGCAGGCCGUGGUGCGUACCGGACUUAGCAAUAAGAAAUCCCUCUGAAUCCAAAAAGCUUUAUGUAGAUCUCCUGUAUAUGAGUUGAGAACAGACUGUCUGGGUCUAUUGGUUCUGUUGUUUAUUUUUAGUUUGGCUGAGAUAUGAUUUUUGUUGUGCUUAUUUUUAUUUUUUUUCUCUAUGACAUAUAAAUGCGUAUAAAACUGUGAAAUCCAUUGUGUUCAGUUAAAGGGUGAGUUUUAGGCUAGUUUUUUUUUUUUUUUGCAUGUCAAUCUAAUUUGUUCAAUUAUGGAUGAUUUCUCCUUUCUCCAUCUCUUUUCGCGCUACACACACACAUACACACACACAUAUAAAUAUAUAUAUAUAUAUAUAUAAAUAUAAAAAUAUAUAUAAUCUCGCUCUCAGGGUCUUUCACAAAUCCAUUAUCCGAAAUACUUCAUGUUCUUAUUUCCUGAGUUGCAAUUUUCCAAGUCCUGAUUAUUUUGUCUUUUUUUAAAAUAAUGAUUCAGAACUGUCAAUCACUACAUUUAGCACUUGACUGUGAACUCAUCAUCACCUAACAGAAAAGAUGUCAUUUAAUUUUGGUGUUUUUCUAGCCAGAAUAUUGUGUGACAUUGUUGUUCUGUUCUCCCCUCUCACUCGGACAUUUGGUUUAAGCCUUUUCUGUUUUCUGGUUGAACCCUCAUGUUGAACUUUCUGUCCUGGUCAGAGGUCAAAGGGAACGUCAGAGAGGAGAUUUAAGCACAUCCCUCCACUAACACAAACACACACAUACAUGCUGGACCUCAAUCAGAAAGCAUUAUCACACAAUCAUCUGGAAAGCUUUUAAUUUUCUGUGAUUGUGUUUCCAUCGUUCCUUCCAUCCCCUUGUCUGUCCUCUCCUUCCCCCCACGUGAGUAAAACAUGACAGUGUUUCACAAAGUCAAGAGAUGUAAACCUGUUCUGUAUUCAACCCAAUAAGAAAAAGCAAUAAAGAUUAUAUUAAGGAAAGGUGUGUGA